CACAUUAUAUUAUUAUAAUAGUCAAUAGACAAUAGUUACAAUAUUAUAUUUUGUUUUUAUACCUUUCAAGUUUCAACUAUUUUUUAAUUUCUAUCAAGUGCAUAGAUACCAGAUGGCAAGUAGUGUCAAUCACUUGCAGGACAGUCUCCGAAGGUGGCAAACCAGUUUUCCUUAAUUUAAGUCUCAUAACUAAUUUCGUCAAUAAAUAUACAUAUUAUGCAUUUGUUCUCAGUAGGACGUGAUAUAGAAAAUGACAAUCAAUCCACAAUGGGAACAAUAUCAUUUAAUUGUUUUAACUGCAAAGGACGACCAAAUAUUUCGAAUAAAGAAUUUGUUAGGAGUGAACAGAAUAUCAAUAUUUCUAUUACAAAUAAUGAUAAUAAUCAAUCUGACCGUUAUGUAUUGUUUGGUAAUUCAUUUCAUAAGGGUAAUAGUUUAGUGAAUGAUAUUCCUAUACUAUUUAGAAUAGCAAAAAAACAUUUGUUAAGCUUAAGUUCUGUUAUACGAGAUCAAUAUAAAACAUUUAGAUCUCAAGAUCAAAGUAAUUGUAAAACAAUUAACUUCUCUGAUAUUAGACAGCAAAUUUCUGGAUUUCUUUUAUUUUUAAGAGAUUGUCUUCAAAGAAUGAAUGCAUGUGAAAGUUAUAAUUGGUUGAUGGAAUCUCAUGGGAAAAAAAUUGAAUUAGAACUAAAUAAUUUAUAUUCAGCUCUUGGACAGUUUCAUAAUUUAUCCGAGACCAUUAUACAACACGCACUAUCUUCAUCUGAUUGCACAAAUAACAUUUAUUAUCAUUUAUAUCAUUGUCAUUUGGAUGUAAGGUGGUUUCAAUUAUCUUUGCUUUCAGAAUUACCUAAAAGUAAAGAUACUUUAAAACAUUCUUUACAUAAUGCUAUGAACGAUUUAGUUCAGUUAGCCAGAACUAGAUUUAAAAAAUUAAAACUCAAAGAUCUUCAUUUCAAAGAUGCAUUACUUUGUGAUUGCACUUAUGAUUUUUUGACACUCAUACAGUAUUUAAUUAAUAAACAACAAUUAUUGUACAAUUCUGAUAACUUCUGGCAGUAUUUCAACUCAGUUUUCACAAAUGUUAAUUUAGUUGAUUGCGAAGAACUUAUUUUUCGUUUAUGGCUUUUAAAUAGUUUACAACGAUCUGACAAAUCAUCAUCAAUAGACUUAAAAGAUAGUGGUUUGGUGUCCAUUCUUAAAGAACUUCUUAAUAAUGAGCCUAAUGAAAUGCAAUUGAAAUUAUCAAUUUGUUUAUUGGAAAACAUUAUAAUGUCGUCGUUAAUUACUGAACCAGUAAUUGUGUUAUGGGAAUAUUUUCAUAAAAGACUGAACUCCACAUUUUAUUCGUCAGAUAUGAAGAUUCAGAAUAUUGCUUGUAUCAGUAAAAAUGGUUCUGAACUUCUUAUUCAAAUGAACAAUCUAUUAUCUGCUGAACAAACUGAAUUAUUAUCUAAUUACAAUAGUUUUCAAUUAUUUCAAAGAUUACUUGGUCGUCACUUACAAAACAUUAAAUAUAACUCAAAAGACUGGAAUCAAAUAAAAGGUAGAAUAUUUUCAAAAUUUUCACCAAGUAAACUUAUGUCAUUUAAUGAUGUCGGAUUUUAUAAUUUUACAACAUUGUUCUUGACAUUAUCAAUCAUGUCAGAUGAUACAACACAAAUAGCACUUAAAUAUCAACAUCUUAUAAAAUUAAUUUCUGAACAAAAAUUGGACCCUAAUACUAGAUUAACAUAUUGGAAAGGCACUGUAGCAUUUUUAAUAUUGCAUUCACAGCGAAACAUUUUAAUGACUGCAUAUGGAACUGCACUCUCAGAUACAUUAAAUACCACAUCUCAAGAAUACAUCACUGUUUAUUUAGAUGGUCUUAAAGACUUAUUUUUAUUCAGUGAAUCUUUAACAUAUGGACAACAUACUCUUAUUGGUUCUUGGUUUGAAAAUUAUCUUAGUACAAUAAAACCAUUGGAUAGCAAUAACAUUUUGCAAACCGUUUUACUCAUAUUGGAGAAGCUAAAAAAAGCAGGAAGUGAUCAAACCAUGCCUUUCUCACGUGAAAAUGAAAUAUUUAUACUCUAUAACUCAUUGUAUACUUACUUAUUGCCGUUCAUAAAGAAGUCAAGUUUAUCAGCUGAAUGUGAUACAAUCGUAGCUGAUAUUGCUGUUACAUUUACAAUUAUUUCAUCUAUGCCAGCAUUUUCUGAUACAAAAGUGAUGUUAUUCAAUUUUUUUGUUGUAAAUCAAGGAAUUAAUAUAAAAUUGCUUAAUCGAUAUUUAUCAUCCAUCAUUAAAGAAAAUGUCAUCGCUAAUGUUCAUGGAUUCAACAGUUUAGCUCUAAUUAAAGCAUGGUUACAUAGUUCUAUGCUGAUCACAAACUGGACAAUCAAUGAAACAAUGAUCAUUACUCAAUUUGUUUCAAAUAUUAGCGAAAUUAAAGAACUAUUAACAAAUUCUGGAAAUGAUUUAGAAACAAGUGUGGAUCCUUUUAUCACAUUUUUAGAUUCAUUAAACAUAAAGUAUCAUCAUAAUCAAGAUAUAAAAUUACGCCAGAAGAUGAGUGAAAAAGUGUCAGAUUAUUUUUACAGUAUCAAAAUUUGGGUGAAUAUUUUAAUAAAACAACAAAAACAAAAUGAUGAGAUAUAUAGGUUAUACAUGGUUAUUGGCUACAUGUUUGAAAAAAUUUCACCAUUAAUUUAUGUUAAAGGUAAACCAAAUACUAUUUUACAAGAACUAUUAGAUUCCAUGUUUCUAGGUGUAAGCUUGAGAAGUCCCAAUUCCAAAACACAUCCAAGUAUUAUAACUGCCCUACUAUCUUGUUUACAUCGCUACUUUAUAGGAUUGUUUCACCUGAAUCCAAAAACAGAUAUGUAUAUCGCCCGUUGUCUUCGUGAGUUAAUUUCAUUAUAUUUCCCAAAAAUGUUGGUUGGAAUCAAAUCAUCAGAUGAGUUGCCGUUAUUAAAAUUCUUUGAAGAAAAACCAGAUAAUGAAAUUCCUGAACGUGCAUUGUUUUUAGAAUUACUUGUAUCAACAUUUUUAAGUAAACGUCAACGGACACCAGACAGUAGUGUUGCUCAAGUUUUAGAAUAUAUAAAUAACGUCAUAAAAAUUAGUCGUAAUAAUGAAUUAGUGAUUUUAUCAAUUAUUCAACAUUCAUUAAUGCGCAUUUGUUCAGUAUCAAUAUUCUGUGAAGAAACUAAUAUUUGUAAAAGAAUCACCAAUGAAAUAAUUAAUACAUUUAUUAAUAUAAGUGUAUCAUCAAACAAUGAAAAAAUCAAAAAUGAAGUCAUGUCAUCACUGGAUACACUUUGUGAAGAACAUUUAGCGUUUUCUUCAAAACUUAUCUUUGAAUUUUUUGACCAUUUGAUAACUAUUUCACCAGAUUUUGUUACUUGUUUUCUACCCAAACUUAUAACACACAUAGAAAAAGUUGAAUGGAAAAGAGGCAUCGGCUCAGAUUAUACCCUUAGGAAAGGAUUAGAAAGAAUUCAAAUAAAACUUAGAAAAAUAUGA